AUGCAAAGUGCAGGCGAUGCUUGGGAACGGCGCCGUCGUCUUGGUUUUGAAGCCGAGGCAACGCCACGAGAUCUUCCAUCAAUCAGGGCUCGCGCUUGCACGAGUAUCUCGCGACUCCGAAAGCCACACCACGACGGCCCCCCGCAAACGGCUAUCAAGCCCAUACUGACUGUUACGACUCUAGACGAUUUGGGUGUUAUUGCGGAGGUUAUUGCCAGCCAUUCGUUCGAAGACAAGUUCGCAGCAAAUGACACCCAGACCGGAUUGGUUGUGUCUAUGUUCACAGCAGGUGCCUUCUUCGGCUCAGCAUUUGCAGGUCCCAGUGGUGAUAUUCUCGGCAGAAGAAAGACCAUCUCCCUCGGUUGUGUAAUCUUUUGUCUUGGUGGAGGGCUCCAGACUGGAGCACAGACAGUCGCAUACUUAUACAGUGGGAGGUUCCUGGCCGGACUUGGUGUCGGAUUCCUUACCAUGAUUAUCCCGCUAUACCAGGCUGAGAUCUGCCACCCUGACAUUCGAGGUCGAGUGACAUCGCUGCAGCAAUUCAUGCUGGGCGUUGGUUCCCUGUGUGCUGCAUGGAUCUCGUAUGGCACGUAUAUUGGAUUUGCCCCAACAAACAAUGCUCAGUGGCAGGUCCCACUUGGUUUACAAGUGGUUCCCGCCGUGUUUUUGGGUCUCCUGAUUAUGUUUUUCCCGGAGUCGCCGCGUUGGCUCAUUGACCAUGGCGAGCACGAAAAGGGCCUGCAAACGCUUGCGAAGCUUCACGCGCAUGGGGAUGAAAAUGACCCAUGGGUCCGUGCUGAAUACAACCAGAUUCAGGAGAGUAUUACGUUUGAGCAUGAGAAUGAAGCCAAGUCAUACUUGGAAUUGUUCAGUUCUCGGUCAUCGUUCCGCCGUCUUUUCCUUUGCUGCGCGUUACAAGCAUCAGUGCAGAUGACGGGAGUGUCGGCUAUCCAGUACUACUCCGUGACAAUUUAUGAGCAGAUCGGAAUCAAGGGAGACGAAACGUUGCGUUACCAAGCAAUCAAUUCCGUCAUUGCCUUGGUAGCCCAGUUCCUCUGUAUGAUGUUCAUUGACCGCUUCGGUAGACGGCGAAGUCUGAUCUUUGGAAACUUGGGUAACUGCCUCACUUUCAUCAUCGCAUGCAUCCUGCUCGCAAGAUUCCCUCCCGAGGUCAACAACACAGGGGCUCACUGGGGCUUCAUCAUUAUGACAUGGUUGUAUAAUUUCUCUUUCUCUUGCACCUGUGGUCCUCUGUCUUGGAUCAUUCCGGCAGAGGUUUUCGAUACGCGGACCCGGUCGAAGGGUGUUUCCAUUGCUACCAUGACAUCUUAUGCGUUCAACACCAUGAUUGGCCAAGUGACACCAAUCGCAAUGGAGAAUGUCCGCUACCGGUAUUACUUUGUCUUCAUCAUCUGUAACUUCACCAACGCCGUCUUCUUCUGGUUGUUGCUGCCUGAGACCAAGAAGUUGCCGCUUGAAGAGAUGAACUACUUGUUCUCCAACUCCCCAUGGAUUGUGCUAGGAACCAAGAAGGAGGAUUACCUUCCUCAUGAUCUUGAGCACAAAGUUCACGAACAAGAAGUGAAGCAAGAGGUUUAUGCACAACACAAGGAGUGA